AUGAUAAAAAAAAAAAAUUGGCAAUCACAACUGCGGUAUCUACAAGUGAUUAGUAACUAAUUUAAUUAAUUUUUUCACUUGUUGAUUAUGUUUGCUGUAUAAAAUUUAACCGUCUAAUAAUGAUGGAUAUUUAAUCAGAAGAGCGGAUUAAGUAAAGUUCUUGAGUAAACCCAGAUUACAGUCCUGAUAUUAAAGGAUCGAAAGGGAGAAAUAAUACUCACCUCAAAAUGAACUGGACACUUUUAUCACAAGCAACUGGCGUCCUGCUCGUCCUUAGCAGUAUUAGGGUGCACGCCCAGCUAGACCUGGAUCAAAUCCAGACCCAACUUCCAGAGCAGCUUGUCAAGUCGAACCUCAGCUAUGCCGAUGUCAAAGAUUCGAUCCGCAAUAAAUGCAUUCAGGUGGCUGGCGAGGAGGCGGGCAGUCAAGCCUUUACCGAGAUCGAGACUGGCUUCGGGCUCCUCACCGAGUGUGCGAAUAACCUUGUAAACUACACGGCCAUGCAGCAGGAGAUCCAGGAGGCGAGUCCUAAGGGCGAGCUCGAUGUGGUCUUCAAUAAGUACUGCACGAGGCGGUCGGAGGCAGUGGAGUGUUUUGAUCAGUUCACGGCGAAGCUCUCGCCCUGCCUGGUCAAGGACGAGCAGGAGGGCCAGGAGGUGAUUAAGCGCAUCAUCCAGAGCUUACUCAACUUCGUUUGCCACAAGGACGGCGACCAAAUAGCCCUCUUCAUUGCCGAAAAGGGCCCCGAGUGUCUCGCCUCGCAAAAGGAGAAUAUCGAGCAGUGCGUGAACAAUACCUUUGGGUCGUACCUGAACUUCUCCGGCGGAUUGCAGGACAAUCAGAUUAAAUCGAUACCCAUGUUGACAGUCGGCCAGAAGGAGUGCGACGACAUGCUGGAUCUGCAGGCGUGCGUGGUCAGCAAACUGGAGCAGUGCACUGACAUAACGCCGGCUAAUCUCGUCGAGUCCAUGUUCAACUUUAUCAGGAAUCAAACACUGUGCCGAAAUUACCAGAAAUCGCCUCUGGUCGCAGCUGCUCCCAGCGGUGGCCAUGGACUGCAAUCGAACGCUGUAAAUGUGUUAUAUUUAGUGGUAUACUUGCUUAUCGCAAUGAUUUUUUCUCUCCAAAAAUCUCCUUAGUUUUAAGAUGGAACAGUGAAAGCUUGAUCGAAUCAAAUAUUAUUACCUCGAAUCUCUGAAAAUGUAAAAGCUUAGCUUAAGCAAAAAAAGUGCAGAAUGGCAAUCAUUAUUUUUCAAUGAAUAGAAUUAGUAUUCUCAAUUAUUUCCGGCGCGACAGUUUAUAAACUCUCUUCUUCUGGCUUGCAGUGCAGGCUUUGAUUAGUUUUAAUUGGCAAAUUAUAAGACACGCGAUAUACUUUUCGAUUCCUUCGGUUUAAAGGGUUGUUGUUCUGGUUUGAGUACACCUAGGCAGAAUGAAUGCACGCUAAAUACUCUAUAUACAUAUAUUAUACAAGAAUUGUAAAUGAGAAUCUGUUUUCUAUAGGGAUAUACAUAAGUAUCACUGAUGUAAAAAUAAAGGGAAUAUUUGCUAUUACGAACAAA